AUGUAUGUGAAAUGGUUUGAUACAGUAAUGUUUUACUAUGUUAUUUUAGUGAAUUUAGUGAAUGUCACUUUUUGUCAUUUUCAAAUUUCCCGCCCUUCCGUCCCCGUAAGUCCCCGACAUCGCAGGGAACGGAACCCGGAAGACAGAUGCCGGAGGACAUUACAGGGGACACUGCAGGCAGGGGGACAUCGUGGGAGCGCAGGACAAGGUAAGAGAAGAAGAGAUCCUGGAGCAGCACCGCAUGGUAAGCCCGAGUGUAGCUCAGUGUUACCGCUUGUGCUACACUAGGGAAUACUGCCAGGGAGGCUAC